UGCGGCGGCAGGGGAAGCACACGUGCAGAUGCACAGGCAUGAGCCAAUUCUGGGGCAGAGGUGUCCCAGCACAGAGCGCUGUGUGUGGCGACGAAUGGCCAGAAUUUCCACGACUGGUUUUACAGAGCUGGUUUUGUUUGAGGAGUCAGUGACCUUCGAGGAUGUAGCCAUCUACUUCUCUGAGAAUGAAUGGACCGGCCUGACCCCUGCUCAGAGGGCCCUGUACAGGGAUGUGAUGCCGGAGGAUUAUGGGGCCGUGGCUUCCUUGGCAUUUCCAUUUCCCAAGCUGGCUCUGAUUUUCCAGCUGGAACGAAGCACAUGGAGCUUGGCUCCUCAGGGAGCUCUGGAUGGAGAGGGCCCGAGGGGCCUCUCCUCAGUGUCUGUGUCCAAGAGUGAGAAAGAAGGUUUUAUUCUGAAGGAGGAUACUUUUGAAGAGGCACAGGACCACAUGGUGCUAUCAGGUGGACCCCAGUGCUGUGGUUCCCAGGAAUUCUGGUUUGGAAAAACCUGCGAAGAGGAGAAAAGCAGGUUAAUGAGAUGGCCUGCCUACCCCAAUAGGGAAAGUGUGGAGAACACUACAUGUGACAUUAUAGAAGUGAUUGUCAAGGAUGAGAUGACCUCAGUAGAAGAGCAUUUGAAAGAUGCUGAUGUUUAUACCCACCUUGUACCUCAGAAAAGUCUACAUGAGCAGGUAUUCUAUAUAUGUGAAGAAUGUGGCAAGUGUUUUGUUCAAAAUGAAGACUUUGAUCAACAUCAGAGAAUUCAUAUUGGGAAGAAAGUCUGUGGAUGUAAGGAAUGCGGGAAGACUUUCAGUUUCAGAUAACACUGCAUUGUACAUCAGAGGACUCACACUGGGGUGAAACCCUACGUUUGUCAAGAAUGUGCUAAAGCCUUCAUUUGGAAGUCAAACCUGAUUGGGCACCAGAGAAUUCACACUGGAGAGAAACCCUUUGAAUGUAAGGAAUGUGGGAAGGGCUUUAGUCAGAACACAAGCCGUACACAACAUCAGCGAAUCCACACCGGGGAGAAACCAUAUACAUGUAAGGAAUGUGGGAAAAGUUUUACUCAGAACCCAGUCCUUCUUCGACAUCAGAGAAUCCACACCGGGGAGAAAGCUUAUGAAUGUAAGGACUGUGGGAAAGGCUUCAUGUGGAAGUUGGAUCUUGCUCAGCACCAAUGGGUCCACACUGGAGAGAAGCCUCAUGAAUGUAUUGACUGUGGGAAAAGCUUCAUUUGCAAGGCACACCUUACUCGUCAUCAGAGAAUCCAUACUGGGGAAAGACCCUAUAAAUGUAAUGACUGUGGGAAGGCCUUCAGUCAGAAUUCUGUUUUGAUUAUGCACCAGAGGCGCCAUGCUAGAGAGAAACCCUAUAACUGUCAGACUUCUCACUUUCUUGAACAUUAGAGAAUGCAUAAUGGUGAUACUUGUUUAUAAUUCUUAUGCUACAGGAACCCCAGCCACAAGAUGAGAUGACUGCCCACAGUUUGCUGUAACUGUAAUAGCCAGUAUUGUCUUGCCCCUUCUCCUGAGUGGAUACCCUGUCCUCUAGCAAGACUGGUCUCUCUGUUCAGCCAUACUCAUACUAGGCAACAUUUAGUUGAGCACCUACUCUAUUUCAGCUCCUCAGCCCGUAGCAACUGACCUCUGCUCCCACCAAACUCCUUGAACUGAGGUUACUACCAGCGCCUGGCUUCCCGGGCUUCAUCAUCUGCAUGGUGAGCUUCUCCAUAGCAGGAUUGGUCAGGAAGGUGGACUGUCCCCAAAGGAGUUGAAUAUAAGGAAUGACCUUGAGAGUGUCUGUCUUUCCUUAGAUUUUAGUUCCUGAGAGUGUUACCUUUCCCUGAGACAGGAAUAAAAGCGGUCAGAUGACGACAACAGUGUCCUUAACAACCUGGCCCCAGCAUCGUCCACUUCCAAACUAGCUCUGAUCUCUCAUCUUGAGCAAGGGAAAGUGUCACGUUUCACCCAGCCCCAGGGACCCCUAAGCGGGAGGAAGAGGAGAGCAGGUUCUACGGGUCUUAAAUGGUGUGAUCAGCUAGACAGUGUCUCCUGACCUUGAGAAGGAGCGAUUGGCAUUAGGAAGCACGAUGAGCUGAUGCUGCCCUUCACUUAUUCUCUAGACUGCUGCUUGGCUCCAGGAACAAGGUAUGAAUGCUAUAGAAAAAUAGUUUUGAACAUGCAAGAAUCCAGAGACUAUUAUACCCAUGAGUACUUCUUGAGAAAAUUAUGGAGUUUUAACUUCAGUCAACCAAGAAAUAAUGGAAAACUAGGGCAAAAGGGGACAGGCGUAUGCAAAGAAUAUGUUUAACUGAAGAACUAAGACCGAACAAA